CGCCGGGAGGCUGCGCCGCCGUCCAUGAGGGAGCGCGGGGCGGCGGAGGAGGAGGAGGAGGAGGAGGAGGAGGACGACGACGACGACGAGGGAGGAAGAGGACGAGGGAGGAGGAAGGAGGAGGCCACCCGGCCCCACACCGGCCCCCGAUCUGCAGCCCGGCGGAGCUGCGGCGGGCCCGGCCACCACCACCACCACGACGACGACAGGCUCCUGAAGUUGGAAGAUUCAAGACGAAUUGUGACUGCCGUCCAUACUGACCUUCUGCCUCGGCGUUAAAGCCGGCCGAGUUCCUCGUCACAGUUAAACAGUAUUCCCACCCCACUCUCCAGCCUAAAUAGACCCGAGAGGAGUUCCCGGCUCCACUGCUGACCGGCCAGUGUCCUGACCACCGUUGCCCUGCCUCUGAGCUGUUGAUCUAGUUCGACACACCUCUCCUCGCCCCGGGGGUCAAAGGACGCUGGUUCUGAGCGAAGGCCCUUGCACGCGCUCCUGAGCGGCUACCAUGGGCCUCCUUGCGUUCUUGAAGACCCAGUUCAUCGUGCACCUCCUCAUCGGCUUCGUCUUCGUGGUCAGCGGGGUGAUCAUCAACUUCAUCCAGCUGUGGACGCUGGUCCUCUGGCCAAUCAACAAGCAGCUCUACCGCCGAGUUAACUGUCGCCUUUCCUACUCGCUAUGGAGCCAACUAGUGAUGUUGCUGGAAUGGUGGUCGGGCACAGAGUGCACUUUAUUCACGGACCAGGCCACGGUGGACAAGUUUGGGAAGGAGCAUGUGGUCAUCAUCCUCAAUCACAACUAUGAAAUCGACUUCCUGUGUGGCUGGACCAUGUGCGAGAGGUUUGGCGUCCUGGGGAGCUCGAAAGUUUUGGCUAAGAAGGAGCUGCUCUACGUGCCCCUCAUUGGCUGGACCUGGUACUUUUUAGAGAUUGUUUUCUGCAAGCGGAAAUGGGAAGAGGACAGGCACACUGUGAUCAAGGGCUUGGAACGCCUGUCCGAUUACCCCGAGUAUAUGUGGUUUCUCCUGUACUGUGAAGGGACCCGUUUUACGGAGACAAAGCACCGCAUCAGCAUGGAGGUGGCUGAGUCGAAGGGAUUGCCCAAGCUGAAGUAUCACCUGCUGCCUCGAACCAAAGGCUUCACCACGGCCGUCCAGUGUCUCAGGGGGACGGUUGCUGCUGUAUAUGACGUAACACUAAAUUUUAGAGGAAAUAAGAACCCAUCUUUACUGGGGAUCCUCUAUGGGAAGAAGUACGAGGCAGAUAUGUGUGUCAGGCGAUUUCCACUGGAGGACAUCCCACUAGACGAAAAGGAGGCGGCAAAUUGGCUCCAUAAACUUUAUCAAGAAAAGGACGCCUUGCAAGAGAUGUAUAAACAGCAAGGAGUUUUCCCCGGGGAGCAGAUUAAGCCCACGAGAAGACCGUGGACCCUGCUGAAUUUUCUCGUGUGGGCCACCGUUCUCCUUUCUCCUCUCUUCAACUUCGUGUUUGGCGUCUUCGCCAGCGGGUCUCCCCUGCUGAUCCUUGCGUUCUUGGGGUUUGUCGGAGCAGCUUCUUUUGGAGUCCGCAGACUGAUAGGAGUGACCGAAAUAGAAAAAGGCUCCAGCUACGGAAACCAAGAAUUCAAGAAAAAGGAAUGAUUUGGACCUCCUUAAGCAGAAGAUGUUAUCCAGUUCACUUCAUUAAAAAGACAAACCCGCCCCCCCCCCAAAAAAACUCUUAGAAACUUUCUUUUUCUUAUUAACUGGUGACUAAUAAUAACAAAACUUGAGCCAAGAGUAAAGCAUCCGGAAGGAUCGAGAGAAGAUCGACAGCAUCCUCCCCGUGCGCACCUUAGGAGCCUGUCGGAGUUGGGGGACAAAGUCUGGGUUUGCACAAGCGGGGACUGUUUGGCUUUGGUGGUGGGAGCUGGGGGUGUCGGACGGGGCGGUGGGUAUUUCUUCCGACGACCUGUCCCGUAGCGGUUUGCGCCUAAGAAUCCCGCCCUUAAGGGAGGAGGUACUGGGACACUUCCUCUCUCUACAUUACGCUCAUCUAGUCCUUGUUUUCACACUGGUUAUUUCAGCCGCUUUCCCCCUUCUCUUCUCCCCCAUCAGUGACUCCCCCGGGAAAAAAAAUGCCCCAGCUGAAAUGAUCGGACCGGUGUCACUACAGGAGAAGUUGUUGGAAAGAAAGGAUCUAAACCCCCGUGACCGGAAUCUAACCGGACAAACCCCUUAAUUUUUUUUUUUUUAAAAAAGAAUACCUCCAGCCCCCGGGCAGGGCCGUCGAGCUCCUGCAACGCAGACCCCGAAGGCAACUGUGAUAGAAUUUCCCUCCUACCGAUAAGCACACGCCGUCAGAUGGAUGAAGGACCCAUCACUUCAUUUCGCAAAGCCCCGGGGUCUGCUCGCGGUUCAGGUCGACGCCUCGCCGAAGGGGGUUUGGGGUUUACUUUUCCUUAUUUCCCCGUGAACUCUGCUGUGUAUUUAUGCCUUAGGGCCGUUUUUCUAAAGCGAAUGGUAUCCUUGAGCACUGAAUCUGUGAAAAGACGUUACCCUCGGUUAUCGUAGCGUUUCUUUCUCCUUUCCGGGUCGACCGGAAACCCAGAGACCCCAUCCUCAUCUACCGCGGUGCCCAGGCCAGGGUUGCCCGUCCCAGCCGGCGUCAGCUGGCCGUGUGGGUCGGUUGGAAAGCCAUCGCCCGUUGGAGGAUUGAGUCAGCUUCUGGGGGUCGGAGAAAGGGGGAAUGGGGGGGAAAGGCCCUGGUCAUGGCUGCUGCAUAGCUCCCCUCCCACCCCCUCAUCCCCCCCCCAAACAGACCCCCCACCCUACCCACAACGAACGAACGCCUCCAGGCCGGCUCCCCUCCGGAUUCUGAGAUUGCCUUGCGGGUAGGCGAGGUGCGGUGAGCCUUCCUCUUCAUUGAACCGGGUUGUCAUUUUUCGGAGUGAUUUUUCCUCCACGGAAACGUUCACGCUGUGCUCCUUCUGCUUUUUGAACCCCUUCUCUCUCCAGGUGCCAACGUGUUUCUGGAGACGGCUGCCCGGGCCGUGGCGGCAGGGCAGUCGUUCAUCUGCGGAAGGAGGCUCCCAAAGGAACCGCUGAUCCCCAUUACUCUGUGUCGUGGGACCCGUCACUAAAGCGUGACCCCCCGGUUCCACCGGUAGCUAGGGCUAAGACUGAAAUAUUUUACCCUGUCGUGUCCUAAAAGUCAACCCCGGGACUCACCUGUCUCUUCCCUGAAACGUUUACUCUAGAUUAUAACCUCAAAUGAAAGAUUCUGCGGCGUACCUCUCCUUUGGGUUGAUUUUGUGGUUUAAGGGGUCCUGGAUGGAGAGGCUGGUGCUGGGGAGGAAGAGGGAAGGGGAGAAGAGAGGUGAAUGAAAGGAUUUGGGAUCAUCUCACGGUUGUCAUUUUUGUUCACUUUUUUGUUGGUAUCAUCCACCCCCGACUCAGUUCUGCACCACGCACCCAACUGUCAGCAGGUUCUCAUGCCGCAAGCGGCAGACGCCGCUAGGUCUUUUCCCCACAAUCUUCUAUACCGAAAGGAGGACUUGAGGGCUUUCUCCGUCGUCGAGCCGGGACUGAACGCGGGCAGGAUGAGUUUGUUGUGGGGGAAAAACAGGACAAGAAGAUGAGGGAAGAGUGGGAGGAGAAGGUAGAGUGGAAAAACUGAAUAGAAAACAUGUCGCGAUGCUUGUAGUCUUGCUUUCCACGGAAGAUAUGAACCUCUUUACUUGAUUUUGGUUUGGUAACUAGGCCGGGGAGGAGAGAGAGAGCAUGAGGGGUAAUAAAGGCACGUUAUCAUAGGCCGAAUCUGUUCUCUCUGACUUGGGGGCGGUUAUUUGAGGUUGGUCAGUCGCUGCCUGAACUUAAAAAUGGGUCUCUGCCUCUCAGACUUCACCCCUUACUUUCAGAGAGCGUGUUUUGCCGUCUCGCCCCAUACCGAUAAUCAUGUGCAGGGCACGUAAAUGGAACGUGCCUGGCGAAAACGGGGAGGCGCUUUCGGAUUUGAUUAUGUUUUCUGGUGUCAAAGAAUACCGAUUCUGUGCGUGUGUGUGUUUUGAGAGUGCUCAUUUCCACCAUUCUUAACCGACAGCUGGAAAAAAAUGGAAGGAAAUAGCCAACGAAGCCAGUGAAAUGGAGAACCCUUCCAGGGUACCUUUAUUAUCACGUGGACAAUGCAAAACCAGUUGUCACACUCCCCUCUCCCCCAGAAUUGACCUUUCUCUCUUCAGAUGGGUUGUUUUCGUAUUUCUGUUUUCAAUUAUCCUCUGUAUGAACUUACGCCAAUUAGAUGCCAUAAAUGACUAACAGAGACCGGGAGGUCGAGUGAGAGAUUGGGACAGUGGGAGUAGGUUUUCUAUCUUCCCCAAUUUCCUUCCGAUUGACUAGAACACAGCCUGUACGUUUGACAACCGAGCCCUCCGAGAGCAAUAAUAAACUGUAUCAUGAAAUCCA